CCCCCCCCGGCCCGAGGCUAUAUCUCGCCCUGGGCCCACCCGCGCCGCCGGCGAAGAGGAGAGGAGGAGGAGGAGGAGGAGGAGGAGGAGGAGGAGGAGGAGGAGCGCCGCGCUCACAGGACCACGGACACCACGAAGAGCGGGCACACGCUCGCCAGGGCGCGGAAGCUCCACCCGUGCAGGGUCGCCAGCUCGUGCCGGCUCUCCCACAGCGCCGAGCGCGAGUCGUACUGCACGGCCGACGAGGUGUGCUCCAGGGUCCAGCAGGCGGCGGUGUCGGAGCAGAUGCGGAGGACCACGGCCCCCGCCCCGCGCGCCGCCAGCUCCCUGCCCGGGAGCCGGUGCAGCGCGAGCGCGGGCACGAAGAGCAGGGCCAGCGCCAGCGCCACCGUGCUCACGAGCAGGUGCGUCAGGAAGGUGACCUUGCGGUCCUGGAGCAGGUACACCGCCUGGCCGCCCCGCGCGGCCUGCGCCGCCGGCGUCCUGCGCCGGCACUCCACCAGGAGCCUCGUCGUACUCGUCCAGCAGCAGCGACACCCGGGGGCUCAUGGGGCCGCCGCCCGGCAGGGAGGGCGCCCGCUCCUCCACGGGCUCGCCGCCCGCGGC